UUAUUACUGCACUAUUCCCACCCCCAAACUGCAAAGAGGAGCUUUCCAGCUUCUUGUUCUAUUGACAAAAAGUAAGUCGCAAAAAAAUGUCUUUAAAAAUUAAAAAAAAGAGAGCAAACAGGGUUAAAAACAAUAAAUAUGUCUUUGGUUCCAACAAUAAUAAAGUGUAAAAACUAAAUAGAGGAAGUGGAGGAAACGGUGUCACCGCCCAUAUAUUAUUAGAUGCCAUGAAGCCAGUCAAACCAUCUCAGAGCUGUUAUGUUAACUUGAGAGAAGCCCAACUCUGUCCUUCAGAUCGCUUCUAUCUGAAACACUAGAAACACACAUUUUAUUAAUGAAGUGUGACAAACGUGAGGACGUCAUGAGAGGGCUCAGUGUCUUUUCCAUGUGGGUGUUUCUCAACCUGCUGCUGUUGAAGUCGACACGUGCUGAUGAAGGUGCUGGCCACGCGCCGCCUCCCUCCUCGUCUGCAGUGAACCCCUGCUGUUACUACCCCUGUCAGAACUCAGGGGUCUGUGUGAGGUUCGGUGCCGAUCGAUACGAAUGUGACUGCACCCGAACUGGCUUCUAUGGAGAAAACUGCACCGUUCCUGAGAUCUGGACCAGAAUUUAUUACAUGCUGAAGCCCAGUCCAUCGGUGGUUCACUACAUCCUCACCCACUUCCAGUGGUUCUGGGAUUUUGUCAACAGCUCCUUCCUGCAAGACACCAUCAUGAGACUAGUGCUGACAGUCAGAAGCAACCUGAUUCCAAGCCCUCCGACCUACAACACCAAGUACGGGUACCUGAGCUGGGAGUCCUACUACAACCUGUCCUACUACACCCGGCUCCUGCCUCCGGUGCCGGAGGACUGCCCGUUGCCCAUGGGAACCAAAGGGAAACCCGUCCUCCCGGACGCCAGCGUUUUGGCUCACAGGUUUUAUAAGAGAAGAACGUUUCGACCAGAUCCUCAAGGAACCAAUGUGAUGUUUGCCUUCAUGGCUCAACACUUCACCCACCAGUUCUUCAGCACCAAGCAUGGGGAGAAUGGGGCCUUCACCAAGGCUUUGGGACAUGGGGUAGAUGCCAGCAAUAUCUAUGGAGUCGACCUUGAGCGGCAGCAUCAACUGAGGCUUCAUAAGGAUGGAAAGCUGAAAUAUCAGUUAGUGAAGGGUGAGAUGUACCCUCCUACAGUAGCCGAGGUCCCCGUGCACAUGGUCUAUCCUGAAACGUGUCCCCCGGAGCAGCGGCUGGUCACGGGUCAGGAGAUAUUUGGCCUCCUCCCAGGCCUCACCAUGUACGCCACCAUAUGGCUGAGGGAGCACAACAGAGUCUGCGACAUCCUCCGGGCAGAACAUCCCACCUGGGACGAUGAGCAGCUUUUCCAGACGACCAGACUCAUCAUCAUUGGCGAGAUCAUCAACAUCAUAGUAGAGGAGUAUGUGCAGCAGCUGAGUGGCUACCGGCUCAAGCUGAGGUUCGAUCCGUCCCUGCUCUUCAGGGUGCAGUUCCAGUACAGCAACCGCAUCGCUCUGGAGUUCUGCCAGCUGUACCACUGGCACCCGCUGAUGCCCGACAGCUUCCUCAUCGGCGGAGACGACGUCCCGUACUCUCAGUUCGUUUACAACACCUCCCUGCUCAUGCACUACGGCGUGGAGACGCUGGUGGACGCCUUCUCGCGGCAGCCUGCGGGACAGAUCGGUGGAGGUUUCAAUACUCAUGAAGCAGUGCUCAAAGUGGCAGAGAAGAUCAUUGAAAAGUCUAGAGCUGCACGUCUGCAGCCCUUCAAUGAAUACAGGAAGAAGUUUAACCUAAGACCUUACACCUCCUUUCAUGAAUUCACUGACAACGAAGAGAUUGCCAGAGGAUUAGAGGAACUGUACGGAGACAUUGAUGCUUUGGAGUUUUACCCUGGAGUCAUGUUGGAGAAAACGCGUCCUAAUGGUAUAUUUGGUGAGAGCAUGGUGGAGAUGGGAGCUCCCUUCUCUCUAAAAGGCCUACUGGGAAACCCCAUCUGCUCCCCCGAGUACUGGAAGCCCAGCACCUUUGGGGGAGAGACAGGAUUUAAAAUAGUGAAAACCUCCACCUUAAAGAAACUGGUUUGCCUUAAUACCAAGUGGUGUCCGUACGUGGACUUCCAUGUUCCACAACAUGAGGAUGAGGCAACACCAGAAAAAGCCUCCACCGAGCUUUAAUGUUUCAGCUGUGAUUAUCAAUUAUAUUAUAAUCAUAUUUAUAUAAUAUCAUUAUAAUCAAAUAAUUAAACUCCUUCAAGUAAGAAAUGUAAAA